AUGGAGAGCCCUAUGGCUGUAGAGCGUCAGGCAGAGCCCAGCUCAGCCCCUUUCACCAAAGCUGCAGAUGAGGCUGGAGAAGUCAUGGUUUCUCCCGUGCCUGGAGAUUAUCAACAGGAGGCCGGCAGAGCUGUUGUCUCCCCAGCACAACAUGAGGAGGAAGUUCUGGCUGCAGUGACGAUGAUCCCUGGGGCAGAGUCUGGGAUAUCUUACCUUGCACCUGGAGCAGAUGAUGAAGGAGAAGCAGCAGCUUCACCUUUGAGUCAGGGCUCGCAGCCCCAGGAGGAGCCAGCGGCCUUCCCUGAGGAGAACGAUGAGGAGGCCAAGCAGGAAUUGGAAUGUGUUAGUGACAAAGAGCUGUCCCAAGGGGAAGCCCUCACCAUGUACAACAUCUGCGUCAGCCCUUUGGUGCCAGAGCUCUUCCAGGACGCCCAAGCAGACAUCCAUCUGGAAUGCAGCAUCCGCAGCAAUGUGGGCACAAAUGCGACAUCAGAGGUGGCUCACAGGCAGCCUGAGGAAGCGCCGCAGGGCAGCCCGAGCCAGGCGUCGUCCCACCAUGGGAUCACGCUGCCACGGGUGCCCUACCUGGAGAGGUUUCAGCCUGUCGCCAUCCAGCAGGCACAGCAAGAUCAAGCCUUCGGAGCAGCCGAAGAGGAUCUGCCUGGUCAGAGCUCCUGA